AUGUACCAGAACUUCAAAUUAUGCUACCGCACUUCGGCUGAGUUCGCAGAGUUCUUACGGGAGAGCUAUUCUGCGGAAGACAACUAUUACAAAGCUUUAAUUAAAUUGUCAAAACAAGCAGGUUCUUACAAUAACACUAGCAGUUUCAAGCCUUGUUGGUCCUUGUUAAAACAGCUCAUCGACCAAGUCUCCCAAGUUCAUCUGAACAUUGCUCAAGAACGACAAAAUUUAUCAAGGGAUGUACAAAAGUAUCUUGAAGAGCAACAUAAACGACAGAAGCUAAUUAAGGAUACAGAAGCUUCUACUCAAGAAGUGGUGCAUGCAUUUCAGGUGACUUCUAUGCAGCUUCAGAAAGCUAAGGAAGCAUAUCAUUCACGUUACAGUGAAUAUGAACGUGCUAUGCGCUUGGAAUCUGGUUCUAGUCGAGAGCAAGAAAAACUGGAAGUGAAGCUUAAAAAAGCUCAAGAUGAAUACAAGUAUUCAGUGGAAAAGUAUAAUAACCUGCGUAAUCAGUUUGUGAGCAAAAUGCACAUAUCGUGUGCUCAGUUUGAGGAAAUUGAAGUUGCCCACCUAGAGCAGAUGAGAGAAUUUCUGCACCGUUAUGCGUCCGUAUGGUCUGUUACAGGUGAUGCCUUGGGUAAACUACACAAUCAGUUUGAUCAAGAUUUGGCUGAGUUAACUACAGACAGGUUAUUAAAUAUUCUUGUGAGCGAAAGGGGUACUGGAACUCUUGAGCCACAAGGCGUACAGUUUGAAGACGCAGAAGUAGCCGCUGCAUUUUCAUCUAAUGGAGCUGAACAUGCAAAUGGAACAACAGGAAAUGGUGUUCGCGCUUUGGAAGCUUUUUUCGGCCGUGAAGCCAGAGCUGCUUCUGCUCUCGCAACAGGUUCUUACAAUAACACUAGCAGUUUCAAGCCUUGUUGGUCCUUGUUAAAACAGCUCAUCGACCAAGUCUCCCAAGUUCAUCUGAACAUUGCUCAAGAACGACAAAAUUUAUCAAGGGAUGUACAAAAGUAUCUUGAAGAGCAACAUAAACGACAGAAGCUAAUUAAGGAUACAGAAGCUUCUACUCAAGAAGUGGUGCAUGCAUUUCAGGUGACUUCUAUGCAGCUUCAGAAAGCUAAGGAAGCAUAUCAUUCACGUUACAGUGAAUAUGAACGUGCUAUGCGCUUGGAAUCUGGUUCUAGUCGAGAGCAAGAAAAACUGGAAGUGAAGCUUAAAAAAGCUCAAGAUGAAUACAAGUAUUCAGUGGAAAAGUAUAAUAACCUGCGUAAUCAGUUUGUGAGCAAAAUGCACAUAUCGUGUGCUCAGUUUGAGGAAAUUGAAGUUGCCCACCUAGAGCAGAUGAGAGAAUUUCUGCACCGUUAUGCGUCCGUAUGGUCUGUUACAGGUGAUGCCUUGGGUAAACUACACAAUCAGUUUGAUCAAGAUUUGGCUGAGUUAACUACAGACAGGUUAUUAAAUAUUCUUGUGAGCGAAAGGGGUACUGGAACUCUUGAGCCACAAGGCGUACAGUUUGAAGACGCAGAAGUAGCCGCUGCAUUUUCAUCUAAUGGAGCUGAACAUGCAAAUGGAACAACAGGAAAUGGUGUUCGCGCUUUGGAAGCUUUUUUCGGCCGUGAAGCCAGAGCUGCUUCUGCUCUCGCAAUUGUUGGUUCUGGCAGUAAAGAUAAUGGGGAAUUAAGUCUAAACAGUUUAACAGAUGUAAGAGCCGAUGCAGUUUCUGUCGCUAGUAUUUCUGUUGGAGUUGCACCGUCAGUAACGAAUAUUUCUGUCUCUGGUAACGGAAAUACAAAACGUAGGGAAGGAUUUUUUCGUCGACGCCGUAAUUCCUUAUCUCAAGAUUCUGCUCAUCAUACUGCCAAUGAAAGUAAUCCAACAGGAUCAUCUACCUCAGUUAGUGCUACUACCGGGAUUAAUACCAGUGGCAGUAGUCUUAGUGCUUUUACUGUUGUUGCAAAACGCGGAAUUCGUCGAUUUGGUACUCCCUAUUCAAAUGGCAAGGAUAAGCAAACAAAGCAAGUGAAUAAAUCAGAUACAAUAACUUCAAAAAGCGAUGAUUGGCGGACGGCAACGCCUGUAGAAUUACCAAAAGAUGAAGAUGGAUAUAAUAUCAGACCAUCAGAUCCAUGGGGGGAAAGUGGUGCCAAUCUGGAUCAUUCUGAAGCUGAUGAUUCCGUCUCUGAAGAUGAAUCAGAGAAUGAAGCAAAUAAAACAUUUCAUGGUUUGAAAGUUAAUAUUCGUCCUGUCGGAGAAUUAGCUCCAGGAAUAACAACUAAAUAUGAUAGUGAUAAACCUGGAUCUCGUCCAAAACUCCCAGAAACACUAAAAGGUCUUAAAUACAAUGCUAAUUCACAAAAUCCUGUACUUAUUGACCAUCGUGUUGGAUCAACAUUUCGGUCACCGCGGACAACUAUGCCUUCACAACAAAGUACUCCAGUUAAUACAGAGUCAACUGCUGUAACUGGACAAGCUUUGAUCAAUGCAUUACCUCUACCGCCUUUGUUACCUCCUCCUCCUCCUCCUCCCCCACCGUCAUCAUCAUCAUCAUCGACAUCAGAACUAUUUGCUACUGGUGGUUCAAUGCGUAUUCGAAAUGCUGGCGCAUCAUCGUGUGGUACAUUAGGUAAAGGGAAUCCAAUAACUACAAUACGUCCACGUGGAUAUAGUUGUAAUACAUGGACUAAAAAAGAUAACCAUAGUCAUAUGAAUAAUACAGAAUCAUUUGAAUCAAAUGAAAUGACUAGUAGUCAUACAGCAAGUGAUUUAUCAUCUUUGGAUACCUUGUUUACUGCUCAAGAAACAAACAAAAAACCUGUGGAAUUCAGUAUUUCCGGUUCAGUGAAAAACAAGUGUUCUUCUGAAUUUGAAUUAGGAUUCAAUGAUUCUGUGAGUUGUGCGAGUCUUACGAACAAUUUAGACAGACAUUCUUCAUCUAUAAUGAGUCUUAAUGUAUGGCCUACAGAUGAUAGCACAGUUCGACGAUGUUCUAGUACAGCGCCUACAUCGACUAAUGAAUCAUCAACUCCUCAGACAAACUGGAUGGCAUUUGAUACAGAUGUAGGCGAAAAAUCCAAACUUCCCAAUUCCUCUGAACCUUGGCCGUCUUCUUUCAAUACUACUAUCCUUGUAGUACAGUGUCUAAGGAAGGUCGAUCUCAAUACAGAGCGUACUAUCACACCUUCGCCUUCUGCGUAUACAAUCAAUUCACCGAAUAAUAAUAAUAAUACUAUCUGUUUAGCUGCUGCAUUUACAGAGACUUGGCAUGCCCGGUUUUUUAAUGGUGGUGGUAGUUCUUUCUCCACUGCAGCUUCUACAUGUCAACCUCCGAUUCAAGCAAUCAAUGGUAGUUUAACUCUUGCCUUCCCGCGUGCAGAUGUUGAACAGAAACUUUUGAAUGGAUUAAUUAUUACGCCUCUUAUUCUUAAAAUUACCAACGCUGCACGAUUACAGGAUUUACAAGCUAAACUUUCUGGUUCGUCUAUCAGUUCAUUUUCAGAAAAUACAAGUUCUGCUAUUACUCCUUGGACAGAUUUCCCUGGAAAUCCAACAGAUACCAUUGGGAAAUCUUCUGAGACACAAAGCGAUAUGAAUUCAGAGUAUUUGCUUACUAUUCCUGGUGAUGUACUAUCACGUCAUCUGUUGCCAUCAAUUAUUCCCUAUGCCGAAGAAAAUUCAUUUACAUCUAAUGAUAAAUCAGAUAAUUUAAAUUCUUCAACAUCUUCGAAUUCACCUACAUACAUUAAAUUGGAUGUUUUAACGUAUACUGUUGAUGUUAAUGCAGAUGUGAAAAAAGCUUAUCCUGCACUAACACCUCCAAUACACUUGUGUACAUAUUGGCGUUGUGAAGCAUCGACUACAGAUUUCCGUUUAGAUUAUACAGCACAAUGGCCUACAACUAAUGUGAAUAAAGAGUCUAUAAAAAAUGUUGGCGAUUUACGCAUAAAUUUAAUGGUGGAUGGAAAUGUGAGUCGUAUGCAAAGUCUUCCUGUUGGAACAUGGCUACCUGAUACUAAUCAUGCUACAUGGCGAAUUCCACUACAGAAUGCCAAUAUUGAUCGUGAUACUUUAAAAACUUCUAAUAAUUCUCAUCGUUCAGAAUUUGCUUUAAAAUUUGAUGCAACUGGUACAGUCAGGGCGAAAUUCACACUGACUAAUGGUCCUGGUAGGCCACAACCAGUGAGUUUGCAAUUCUUUCGUGAAGGUUCAACAGCCAGUGGUGUACAGCUAACUGUUAUAUCAUCAGAUUAUCGUAUGAAUUUGUGCAAACAACGAUUGAUUGGUGAUCGUUAUAUGUGUGAUCCACCUAAUAAUGCUAAUCGUUAUCAUUCUAAUUCACUUCUUGCAUUAGAGCAUAACACUGUCAAUAAGGACAGAGGGUAUAAUACACUGACAACAGAUAGGAAUAAAACUAAAAAUAAUGAAAAUGAAAUGAUUUUAGCCAAUCUAUUAUCAUUCUCGGAUACACGAAAGCUAGAUCAUCUUUCAUGAAGUAAGUGAAUAUGUUCACAAUUGAUUCAUUGUGCCUUUCAUCAUUCUUAUUUAUUCGUUCUAAUUGAAUGCAAUAAACACAAAUCAUUUCUUUUCUCUUGCAAAAAAUGUAAAAUUCAUUAUAAAACUGAUCAGUCAAUCUGAUAAAUCUUUCACUCUUCUUCCUCUUCCUUUUUCUUUCUGAAGACUACUCACUUCCCCUCCUACCCCCAGCCCCCCCCACCCGCUUUUAUGCGCCAUUCUUCGAAUUAAUUCAUUUCUUGAAGAUAAUUUAUAAAACACAUACAUAUUUUUGACUUCCAAUUCAACAUCUAGUUUAUUUCAUUGUAAAUUAUAUCUCACUAAAUUAUCAGAACCCGAGUUAACUGAACAACCCUCCAAUCCUUUGUAUUCUUCUCCAAAAUGAUUGUCUUCCUAUCAGAUGACGAAGGUUUGUCUGGUUGUUGCAGUUAAAUAUGCUUAUUACUUAUUAGUAUUAAUAUUACUCAUCCAUUUUCCUUUGUUAAUUCAACUCUAUGAUAAGUUGUGCAGUUUCAUCAAACACGUUGAAAGUAUUUUCUUAUGGGAAUGUGUGCGUGUGUGUUCCAAACACUCUUUUGUUAUGUUAAAGAAUCUUCACCCCUUCUUAGUUUAUGGUGACUUAUAAAUAUGUGAUAUAUAUAUAUAUAUAUAUAUAUAUAUAUAUAUAUAUAUUGUGAAUAGAUUAUGCAACUUGCUUCUAUCCUUUGCUUUGAAGAUAGACAGAGGGGAUAAAUCUGUCUGUGUCUGCUUGUUUCCUUUUUGUAUUACAACAAAUACCUCCUUGUUAUUUUUGUUUUAUGGAACUGAGAUUUACACCCUGUUCUCGUCUGUUUGUUUUCUUUUACCUU